ACCGCUGAUCAUUCACUGCUGAGAGCAGACCGUGUGUGAAACACUGCAGAUCAUCCGAUCAGAGAGAGAGAGAUAUGGCAGAAACCGCCCCCGCCCCGGCUGCUGCCGCCCCGGCCAAAGCGCCCAAGAAGAAGUCCGCGGCGAAAGCCAAGAAAGCAGGUCCCGGCGUCGGCGAGCUGAUCGUCAAAGCGGUGUCCGCGUCCAAGGAGAGGAGCGGCGUGUCCCUCGCCGCGCUGAAGAAAGCGCUCGCUGCCAGCGGCUACGACGUGGAGAAGAACAACUCCCGCGUCAAGAUCGCCAUCAAGAGCCUGGUGACUAAAGGCACCCUGGUGCAGGUCAAAGGAACCGGCGCCUCGGGCUCCUUCAAGCUCAACAAGCAGCAAGCCGAGAGCAAGAAGAAGCCCGCGGCCAAGAAAGCGGCUCCUAAAGCGAAGAAGCCCGCGGCCAAGAAACCCGCCGCUGCCAAGAAGCCCAAGAGCGCCGCGGCAAAGAAGCCCGCAGCCGCUAAGAAAUCGCCCAAGAAGGCCAAGAAACCCGCCGCCAAGCCCGCUAAGAAGGCGACGAAGAGCCCCAAGAAGGCGAAGAAGCCCGCAGCCGCUAAGAAAGCAGCCAAGAGCCCGAAAAAGGCCAAGGCGGCGAAACCGAAGGCGGCAAAGCCUCAAGCCGCCAAGCCUAAAAGGGGACCUCCCAAGAAGAGAUAAACAUCUACUCUACCCCACAACGGCUCUUUUAAGAGCCACCCACUAACUCUGAGUAAAGAGCAA